GGGACUUUCCCAGGCAACGGCAUGGAGAUGGACCCGUCGUUACAGAUGGGUUUCGCCAAAUAUAAAAUGUACGGGAAAGAACUUGAACGCGUCUCUGGUGGGAGUGCGCUGGAGAAAAGCUUGACAGUGAAAACGGACCCCAGUGUGCAAAGUGGGUUGUCGACGCCCCCGGGACAAAAUGGCGGAAAUAGCAUGAGUAACGUUCACGUGUGCCCGUAUUGCGAUAAAGUGUUUCCAUACAAGUGUCAUUUACAGACGCAUAUUAGGACGCACACGGGCGAGAAACCCUUCAGUUGCGAGCACUGCGGGAAAAAUUACGCCAAUCGCAGCAAAUUGAAGCGCCACAUGCGCUCACAUACAGGCGAGCGGCCGUACAAGUGCAUCCACUGCAACAAGUGUUUUUCCCGCAGUGAUAAUCUCACCACGCAUAUCGUACGCACGCAUCAAGGGUUGCGUAUCUACUCGUGUGAGCUUUGCACUAUGUCCUUCACGACGCUGAGUCAUCUCCAACGACACGAGAAGACGCAUUCGGGUUAUCGCCCGUUCGCCUGCGUGCUCUGCGACCGGAAGUUCUCGCGACAGGACAAUCUGGAGACACACGUUGCGCGGGUGCAUGGCGCCGAGGUGGCCCCGGGGUCGGAGCUGACGUCGUCUGCUGAUGUGAUUGAUGAGGACAGUAAGGAUGCUGGUAUCAUGCCCAAGAUGGAGAGAGGUGAACUGACACCAGAAAUGCCUGAGGUCAAGGAAGAACCCGUCGACUACACGUCACAGAAAGAUACGAAGCAAGCGACCUCGUCCAAGAGGAAACGUGCGUGUCCAAGGAAGAUAGAAGACAAUCAAGUUAUAAUUGAUGUUGACGAGGAGAGUGACAGCAGUGAAUGGGACGUCGGCGAUAACAUAGAUGACGUGGGACAAUCCACUCCACAGUUCGAUGAGACCACGGCAAAAAUGGAUUCAAAAGAUCUUCUCCAGUUAACCAAGCUGGGCGAGUAUCGCCAGCUUGGGCCUUCUGGUGGCCUGGAUAAUGACCAAUCUCUCCAGGAGGGGGCACUGAAUCUUCAAACACGUACAGAGUACCAGGAAUCGCCAAGUGAGGCCGGGUCCGACAUUGUUGUCGGUCGACCCCGGUAUCGCAGUCUCAUUCCGGAUGCCAUGAAGAAGUCCGUUGAUCGUCAUGCAUACAAUGCUGGGAUGUCAGGACCACGGAUGGUCAGCGCCCAGAUUCCAGUCAGCGGUAACGCCAUGGCAACGAGUAUCGCUCGCCGAAAACGCGGUCGGCCACCAAUGGAAGAUUAUAACAUGGAAAGUGGACCAAGCGCGAGAAUCAAUCCAGAAAUAGACGCAUUGCGGUACGAGAUAAUGGACGAAGACGGGUUGAAUUCGUCGCGCGUCAAAGUCGAGACGAUGGAAAUGCGGGCAGCAGUCGAUGUCCAUAUUUGCAAAUACUGCGGCCAGCCGUUCGGGAGUUCACAACACUUGCUUGAGCAUCUUAAGACACAUUCGGAAAACGUCCACAAAUGUCCGUUGUGUUUUGAGGAGCUCUGCACGCAGGGCGAGCUUCAGCAGCAUUUGAAGCUCCACGCGGGACUCCCGUUCAUCCCGAGCUCUCUCUACCAGAUGCUAUCCCACAAUAUGGAGAAGUUUCAGCAGGUCCGUGAAACGAGGGAUCAAGAACGCAGCCGGGGAACUCCGCUGUUGUUCACCUGUAACAUCUGCGACGCGACCUUCAAGACGGUCGAUGCUUUGACGCGGCACAGUAUGGAGCACAAGCCUACAGACAUGGAGAAGAACUUCCCGUGCCAUAUCUGCAAUCUGACCUUCGCAAAGGAGGAAGACUGCAGGAGUCACUACAUCGUACAUCACGGUGGGACGGAUUUAGCGUGCAAGCAUUGCACGGCAGUUUUCCAACGCAAGUCCGACUUAACGGAUCACAUCCAGAAGAAACACCGUCUUCACGUCUGCGAUUAUUGCGGGAAAAAGUUUGGCAUGUUGAACAAAUUACAGCGCCACCUCCGGCGCCACACCGGCGAGAGGCCGUACAAGUGCGAGCACUGCGCCAAGUGCUUUUCCCGCUCGGAUAAUCUCCAGACGCACGUGAUGAGGAUGCACGGCAUCAUCUCGGAGCCUGUGAGGUGCGACAUGUGCGAUAAGAAGUUCAACUCGACUGAAUCACUCUCGGAGCAUUAUCGUAUCCACACCGGAGAGAAGCCGUUUCCGUGCAAACUAUGUGAUAAAAGCUUCAUGUGGAUAUCCGGUUUGAAGAAACACAUGCAGACGCACUCCGGGGAUGUGCCGUUUGGUUGCAAGUGCUGCAGUGAAAGGUUUGAAAACAAUGAUGAUCUUUCCCAUCACAUGAUUUCUCGUCACGUGCGCGCCGGCGAUGGGGGGAAGUUCGGUUACGAAGGGACCAGUCCUGGGCUACAGGACCAAGAUGAUGAUUCGUCCGACGAUAGCAUGGAUAGCGGCGAGUUCGAGCAGCACUCCGUGCAGACCAAGGCUGGAGACUACGAGGAGCCGAUGGACCUUACCUGUGACGGCCAGUCGCAGUCGAACCUAGACAGUCAAGAUGCCCUCCCUACACACCAAUCGAAAUCUGGUAACCCAGGCAGCGACCAUAUAUGCAAUUUCUGUACGGAGCACUGUGAUUCUCUACCACAACUGGUGCUUCACUGUGACUUGCUACACAAAGACCAAAACAAGGAGGACCUAUGGGGUAGCGUACUAGGGGCAGCGAAAAAACUCAAUGGCGUGAACCACGGAGGCAAAGUCAAACUGUCGAGCCCUGGGGUACGCCGUGCUAUAGACUUUGACCCAGUAGCCCUGCCCGGUCACAAGGAGGGCUUGAAGUUAGUGAUUGGGCGGGAUUAUGGAAAUUGGGCGGUGCAUGCCAAGUUAAAGGCGGAACACAAUCACGAGGAGGGCGGGAAAACACCCAACGCCAAAGAUACUGCUGAUUUAGACGGAGAUACGAAGAGGAAAGUCAACGGCGGGAAAACGGAGAUGCUGUCUCCGGCGAGUUUAGACGACACGGAUUUGAAUUUGAAGGAGUCGCCAGAUUCUGGGAAAAGCGUGGCAUCUCUGUCGGAUUCUGCUGAUCUACAUUGUUCUCUAUGCAAUUACGAUUUCGACACGAACGCCGAGAUUUCCGAGCACAUGGAAACUCAUAUCCUUCGUACGAGCUUUAAGACGCACGACUGCCAGUAUACGUGCCGUCAUUGUUUGCGGCCGUUCAACGAUUCGUCGAAGUUCAAGGCGCAUUUGAAGUGGCAUUCUCGAUGGAAACAGACGUGCGAUAUCUGCGGCUGUAAGUUUGACUCCCGCAGCAAGAUGGAGCGUCACAUGCGAGUUCAUACAGGCGAGCGCCCAUACGAGUGCUGCUACUGCCAAAAACGCUUCACGCGGACGGAGAAUCUGAAAAUGCACGUGAUGCGCCUCCAUGAUGUCGCCGAACCUCUCAUAUGCAAAUUUUGCGGGAACAUGUAUAAGGAGCGCGGGGACUAUCAGAGUCAUUGCGCAAAUGAGCACAUGGAGGACGAAGUGGGCUUGGACAGUUCAGGCAUGUCUGGUGCCUCUGUCUCUGUAUCAAAAGAUGGCGAAGACAAGUCAAUGCCGACAAUGGUAAAACAUGUGUCACAAGACCAGAAAGUCAAGAUGGAGGAUUUGAAGCCUGUGGUAAUAAAUGAUCUGAAGUGCGUGUUUUGCGAGGCGACGUUUCCGAGUGUGACAAAUCUGACUGAGCACAUGGUGUGUCAUUCAGAUGUCCCUCCCGAUCGACUGAAGGAUGCUGUUCGACUGGUGGUUGUCAAAGCAGAAAAGGAGGAACCCAAGCAGGAACCAAAAGAGAAUGCUGAAUUGGUGAAGCAAGAAAACGGUAAAUCGGCAAUUAACUUGAAGAAAAAUCUUGAGAAAUCCAUGACAGAUGCCACCUGCUCAGAGGGCACUUGCGAUAUGAGCAACACCUCUUGCCAGCCGACCACUACUGACACGAAGAUGACAAAAAGUGACAUUAAAGCUUUGGGUUUGAAACCACAUGACCAGGCAAUGGUGAACGGUAAAAGAAUGGCAGAAACCUGGGACGAGAAUCAUAAAAAUUCUAUUCCGUUCCCCGCAAAUAAUUUGAAUUUGAAUGUGAAUUCCGGCGACCCAGAUGCUAGUCCCAGUACCAGCCGUGAGGAGGAGCCCGAGGACUCGUCCGAAGCAGACGCGUUGUCGAUUGACGUGUCGUUUGCAGAGAACUCGGUUGAAAUGGAUGCGGGCGGGAAAUCUUCUGUGCAACCGCGACCAUUCCCUUGCCAACACUGCGAGAAGCGCUUCACGACGAAGUCUCAUCUGGUGAUUCACGUCAGAACGCACACGGGCGAGAAACCCUACAGGUGCAUGUACUGCGACAUGUGCUUCCGUACAUCGAGUAAGUUAGGUCGGCAUCUGAAGACGCACACAGGCGAGACGCCUCACAAGUGCCAAUACUGCGAUCGCCAGUUUGGGCGCAAGGAUAACCUGAAAGCGCACUUGAAUCGUGCACAUUCGCAGACCGACGGAAGCCAGGAGGUGAAGUGUGACAAAUGUGAGAAGUCCUUCAUGUCGGAGUAUGCGCUGAAGCAACACAUGCGCAUGCACUCGGAGAAGAAGCAUGCGUGCAACAUGUGCGAUCAGAGCUUCACGUGGCGUUGCCAUUUACUGAAACAUAUGAAAUCGCAGCAUCCUGAUGCGAUUGUCGCCGAUCUCGGCACGGGGAUGGAAGUACAGUGACGACUUUACAGAGUUCAAUUCAACUGCUGCAAUUCGCAUCAAGUCAUCGUUGGGAGGUCGCUGUAGAAUUAUUCAAUUACCGAGACGACCUCACCUUGAUUUAAGUGUGCAUCCAAAGCAGCAGUUUGCUUCGUGUCCGUUAUUAUCGAUUCUGACAGCACAAGUCCAUGUCUUAUUGGCAGCAGAGACGAAUUAAGAAAUCCGGUUGCAAUCUAAUUGCGUAAUUUGUUAGUACAUUGUAGACGACUUUGGGGUCCACGUCAAAUUAAAGCGUGGAAGUUUAAAAGCAGAGGUCCAGUUUUCAUAUUCAUGUUUUGACAUGUUAUGCAUUAACGAUUGCUCCCUAUAGCAGGGGAGCAGUCAUUUUAUGCUGAUUCGGUACAGACUGUGCUACCACUGUACUUUUGUACAUUUAAAUCUUGUGUGUCAUGUUCGCUACUUUUGCCAAAUUUGGUUCCCAUGGUAACAGAGUUUGUUUCUCCUGUAUUAUAGUUAUCUACACCUUGAUUCCCUAAUGACACAAAUGGACUUGUCCGUCUUACAAUACUUCUCAAAAUGGGCAAGUCCAUUGGUGAAACUAAAGGGUGGUUUUGCACUAAACCUCUUAAAAAUUUGACCAGCUUUUACGUGUUUGAUUAGUAUUUUCUGCCAUCCCACAUACUUUUAUACAUGUAGUUGCUAUUUUAUCCAAUCGUGUUUAAGUGCUUUGUUAUCGAAUGUUAGGAACAUAUGACGUGGGCAUAUUCUUUGGGGGGGUUUUAUGAUAAAAAAACGUGAAAAGUCUAAUUUCAAGGAAAGGUUGAGUUCUAAUUGUUCCCCUUAUAAAAUACUUACUUGUCCAUACUUAACAAAAUAAGCCGUUUUCAAUUUAUUUGCCUAAAUUUACUGUAAAGAACAAAGUGUUUUGAGAUAUAUAUAAAAACAUCUGUAAAGUUACAGUAACUGUAAAUUUCUUCUCACGACUUUUUAAAACAACUUUCGUGGAGUUAUUGAACUUAAGAAUAUGUCCACUGAAACCAUAUAUUGACGAGGCCAUCCUGAUCCCUCCUGAUUACCAAUUUGGACCAUCCCAGUGAAUGCAUUAUACAUUGCACUGGGAGAGUCCACUUUGGAAAGAAGGGGAGGGUACACACACUACACUGCAGUAGGCGACUGCGCCUGUUGAGUUUACAAAACUUGGAAUUUCCACAGCGGAAAAAAAACGAAGAUUGAAAUCGGUUUUUAGAACAUUAAUUGUCUUGAUUUUUGAAAGCUUUGUUAGGAAGAAUCCUGCAAUGAAUAUUACAUGUAAACUUGAUCUUUCAUUUUCGUUUAAAAAAAACUUUUCAUUCAGCUCGUUUCAACAUUUACAUACUACCAUUAUAAUCUGCCAUGACAAAAAAAUUUACUUAACCUUUUAGACGAUUAAAAAUUUCAAUCUCGUCAGUUUCAAUUUCAUUGAUUUUGAUAUAAGAAACUGUGUGGCUGGCUGUGGACUUUCCAAGUUAUUUUAGACACCUUGAUUAUGCAUUUUAUGAUCAGUUUUUUAAAAUCACAACGUUUAAGUUAUAGGCGAAAAGAGAUCUGUCCAGAAAUUUUCUGUGGGGCUCUGCACUAGACAUGACGAAUACUAGAAACCUAGUAUUUUUUGCGACUGUGUUAUUUUCGCGAUUGAGGAGGAAAGAGAAACCAUUAAAAUACUGCAACUUUCAUAUCUAAUGAAUAAACAAUUAAAUUUCGGGAACAUAAGCAAAAUACUCGUCUGCACUAAAUAAAAAAUGAACAAAUUUGCAUAUUUUUUGCUUCACAAACAUUUCCCUGUAUAUUUACGCUGAUCUUUAUUUGUUUUUCAAUUUGCAAAAUAAGAUAUAAAGUAAAAAAUGUUCGUGAGUUUCGUUUUGGUGGACUUGGUGCCUAAAAAGGAAAUUUUCACUACUCGAACUGAUUCACGAAAAUAAAACAUCCACAAAAAUUUGCUGGUUGAUGGUAAGUAUUGUAUAGUGCAGGGACCACGGAUGUGUUUACUUGUUAUGAGAACCAUUAACAUCGGAAAGGAGCAUAUCCGAUUUUGUUUAACAAACCAUCCUGAAACAGAACAGUUUUAUUGUGUUUAAUUCUUCCAUAUCGUAGUGUUGAGACGCAUUUUAGUAUUUGUACCAUGAAAUCCAUUCUUUUUGAAUACGCUUGUUUCAUCAUUUUUAGAAUCCAAUGUAAACCAUGUGUUUGACUGUAUCAUGUCUUUCUGGCUGAAGAAACAGAAACUUGGCCAAUGCACCCAAUAGGUGUAAAAGCGCGUUAAAAAGUGUUCAUCCUUCCUUAGAAAAGGAAAACUCAUCCGACUAAUCCAAUACUGGUAUGACAGUAAUUUGUAUCAUUGUGAUUUGUGAUUUGUCAUGAAGCUUUAGAGAUAUCAAUACCUCGUCCCCAGGUGUCAAUUGUCCCUGGCUAUGAGGUUACUAAAACCAAAGAUAUUUCCCUCCAUGCCUCUGAAAUCCAGAUAAUGUAAAUGUUGUUGUUCGCCAAUGUAUGGAUCUUGCCAGAAACAUAAACAAAAUACCAAAGACAGGUGUUGUACACAUUGCGACCAACCUUUGAAAAAUCUAAAACAAAUCUGUGAUUUCCCUUCAAUGCAACUGUCAAACUAUAUCUUGGACACUCCCUCAUGGUUUCCACAUUUUUACACCUUGGGAUGAAAUGACCAACAGAGUUAUAAAGGAUAUCAUUAGGACACUGUCGGCUAAAUAGUCACCUUCCACGGAGGUUUGAUUGUAAGUCCCACCUUGGGUGCACUCGGGAAGCGCGAAAAGCUUUCUGCGCCAGGCUUAAGUCCUUAGUAGAAACUUUGCAGCAAUAUUCUAUGGUAAUCAAUCGACCAUUUUGGGCUUCAUGAUCCAUUUUUGGCCCUUUGCCAUAGGAGUUAGUCCACGUCAGGUUUACAUAUUUACCCCAUGUUUGGGAUCUUUUGCCUGUCCUCGGUUUAAAGUCUCAUUCAAAGGACUAUGAAGAGCCAGGAAUUUAAAUUCCUUGAAAGCCACACCAGUUCCUCCAAAGAUACAAUCCUGAGUUCUCCCCGGAAUCGAACCCGGGCCCUAUUGCGUGGUAGCCAGCAGUGUUAACCACUCGGCUAUGAAGCCCUCGUAAAAUAUUGUAUCGUAAAAAACAACCCUGGAGCUUCGUUAAUGGUGUCGGUAUUCAUAUCUUUGAGGAGGGGAGGUAUAUUGUACAAUUUGACAGUUGCAUAAACGAUUUGGAUCCAGCUUUAACUAAUUCCUGAUUAUCUGUGAACUGAUUUGAUAUUUUGGAAAAAAAAUAACUUGAUCACCAACCAGUGUCAAAAAAUGAUUCUAGCUUUGUAAAAAAAAGAAUAAUUAUGAAUACCAACAAAACCCAAGACCAACAAAAACUAUCAAUACCAACAAAACUAUAAAUAGAGACAAAACUAUCAAUACCAACAAAACUAUAAAUUCAGACAAAACUAUAAAUACAACAACACUACAUGUAUGAAUACCAACAAAACUAUAAAUGCCAACAAAACUAUAAAUACAAACAAAACUAUAAAUACCAACAAGACUACAUGUAUGAAUACCAACAAAACUAUAAAUGCCAACAAAACUAUAAAUGCCAACAAGAUUAUAAAUAUACCAACAAAACUAUGUUGCAUUUUUUGCAUAGAUUACAGAGAAAAAACACAAAUCAGUUUACAUAAAAGAUGGAAGAUCCGUAUGAUUUCCUUUCAGUUGUAAAUUAUGACAGCAAAUCAUCUCUUAAAUUUUCAAAAGAUUACCAUGUUAUGAAUGAAAAUUUUCAAAAGAUAACCAUGUUAUGAAUGAAAGGCAUUGAUAUGAUUGUUGUAUACCAAACCAGCUUUAAGAUUAUAAGUAGUUUUAAAUGACUAAUUAACUGUUGAAAUUAACUAAUUAGCUAACCAUUUUGCUAAUUAGCUGUUUUGCUUAUUGUCAGUUUUUUCCUGCUCUUUUAGUGUUGCCUGCAUCAUUUUGCACAUAUUGGUGUGAUAACUGUAGAGAAUUUGUUUUGCCUUCAUCAAGUUAAUAUGUUGUGUUGUCAAUCUUUAGAAACCGGUAACUUAACAUGUCUGAAAUCAAGUUUCAAAGUAAAUAUUUCAAUGAUUACAGAAAAAUCUGUGUAAUAAGAAACGUACAUCUGAAGUGAAGUUCACUCACAGCAUACUAUUCUUGUUGCCAUUUUUUCAGUAGGUGCUCUAAAUGUAACCGUUGCCAUAAUGCUUUUAUUCAAUAAGGAUUUUGAUUCCUGUCUUGUGUAUCCCAGUUAGUUUCACAUUGUUCAGACUCAUUGAUUCACAAUUCCAGGUUCACAGUACCGCUAUUGCAUUCAAAGUUAUGUUGCAAGGUCGUGCCUUCUCUGGAGAGCAAUUUUGCUACAGUGAUGCUUAAUCGUGCCAUUAUUUUGCUAGAGUGCACCAUAUGCUGCCAUUCUUUAAUAGAGUGCAAAAACAAAAGAUGUUUUCAUCUUGCUUUUGUCUUGUUGAUUCACGAUGUGGGGUUCUGAAUACGUAAUUUGGGUCUCCCAGUUAUGUUGCAGAGACGAGCCUCUCUAGAGUGCCAUUUUGCUAGAGUGCUGUGUAACCAUGCGAUUAUUUUGCUAGAGUGCACAAAAUGUUGCCAUUUUGAAUAGAGUGCUAAAACAAUAUUCAUAUUGUUAGACUUGUGCCAUUUGGAAAAGUUGAGAUGCCAUAAAAAGUACUAACAUAGUUUAUAAACCAAAACGUUACUAACAUAAAAUAUAAAAAGUAGUAACGCGGUUUAUAAAACCAAAACGUUACGAACAUCUGAACGGUAUUAACUCUUUUCCAGCUUAUCGAACAUUUGACAAUAAUUUAACCAGAAGCAACAUAUAAAGCACCCUAUUUGUCAAUAAAGAUAAUGCUGAUUUUGUAGAUUUCGCCAAAAAUCAUAGACACUACAGUUAAAGUCUGUCGUCAUGUCAUUGUCUGCUUCGUGACUUUUUUUUUCGUCAUCACCUUCUGGUAGGCCUUUGUUCCUACUUGGCGCGCUAUUAAGCAAAAAAAACACAUAAGGGCAUAAUUGUUUUCAUGGCCCAAACCAAUAACUGCUGUAUUCCGACCCAUAUUUGCUGUGUAUGGACUGACAUCAUGUUCCCCUCUACAGGGUGGCCCAGAAUUAUUUUCCCUCACACAAUGGAUACACCAUAGAAUUCUAUUGUGCAAGGGAAAACCUUUCUGGACCACCCUGUAGACUCAGUCAUCAGUGGUAUCAGCUCGGUGUUCUCCCAUUACGUUUCUACUAUCCUUGAUCACUAUUCAGAUUUAUUGUCAUCUCCCCUUAGCCUAAUCCCUCAACACCAAACAAUCGGGACCCACAGCCGUGGCUUUCAUCAAAGGGCGGAAAACAGCCAAGCUCGACAAACAUCUCUUACUAUUAUAGCUCUAAAAUUGUUACUUGUGAUAGAGAAACAAUGUGCAUUUGUUGGCGAACUGUCUCGUUACCAAACACAGCACAUUAUUUUACCUUUUAUAUCUUUACUUGGUAGGAAAUAUUCCCAAGAUACUCGAGCUGAACGGCUGAUCCAAAGGGUCAUCUGGCGAAUCUUGAUAACUAGUACCCCUAGAAAGGCUUCCAAAUAGGGCACUUACGGAAAAAUCGUCAAGGCCAAAGAAACGUAAUGCCUGACCUUAUAACAGGUAGCGCUCAUUGCCUGGCCAGGAGUGAAUGGGUAUGACCCAAUAGGGGGGUCACCUGUACAUAACACUCAUGCAUUGCAUUACAUACACUCUUUAGAACACCCCUGUCUGUCAAAUGGUUUGUCCCGUCUGGAGUUGUAAUUUCGAUUUCCUAGCUACUCUAAUAAUAUUUUGACCCAAAAUUAUUUUUUCGUUCUGUCCAGGUUUUAAGAACGGUUUUAAAUGUGAUCUACUGACCAUUGCCGCAAGCACUCUAAGUGCAUAAGAGCUGAUAUCUGUGCAUGGCAUCCAAACAUGCAGAUAUGGGAUUUGAGGUAUUAAAAAACGCCGAUAAAAUUUUAUUCUUCUGUCUACUUCCUGUUUCCUUGAAACGGGCAUGGAACUGCCCAAAAACAAUUUUGUCAGAUAUUCUUUGUGCCUCUUGGCCAAAAGAACAAAAAAUUUGUGCAGUGAAUUUAUAUACUUCCAGUAUCCAUCCAGUUUAGAAAAGACUGCAACUUAGACCUAUGAAUGCCCUACAUGUUUAAGAAAAGGUGUGUUACACUGUUGACGCCAUUAGCCGGCUGGAGGGGGCUGUAAAAGGCCUAUAUAACAUGUAACUGACCUAUACAUGUAUGUGAAGUGGACGCAGCAACAUUGAUUACAUAGAGUCCACACAGUUUGUUCCCCAAAUGACUCGUGCAAGCUUAACGUUUAGUUUUUUCUUUUAGGAUCUUUUGUUUUUACUUUUUCUGCGCUAACCGUUGUUUUGAAGCAUUUACGAUAAAAGAUUUUAAAUGGAUCCCGUGCGGUCUUUAGUGCUGAUUACUGCUGUGUGUAUAAGGCAUUGCUGUUGAUUUCGAAAUACAGAUUACUAAAACUCGAAGUUCUCUUUUGAUUAAUUAUUCGAGAAAUCUAUUACACAAGAAAUCAAUUUCGCAUGUACAUGUAGUUAUUGAUUAACUAAUUUGACUUAAUCAAUACUAAGGAAUUAACUGAACUGAGUAAGUACAGAUAACAUUGAAUUUGGUGGUCUCUUUUGACCCGUAAAAAUCUCUGAUUAAUUCAUCAAGAAAUCAAUUACACAUGUAGUUAUCAACUACGUGUAAUUUAGCUUAAUCGAUACUAAUGAAUUAAACCUAACUGAAUUAGUAUUAAUCCAAAUAAGUAACUUUUAAUGAAUUGAUUUGUGCAGCAUUAUUUUUUUAAAUCACACGCUUCCGACUGUAAUUAAAAACACUGGCAUUAUUUUGGUGAAACUAUUUUAUUUAAUAACGUGUAAAUACAAAUUUUUAUGAACUUGAGAUAUCUAGUUGUCAGCGCUCGUUAGGGUUUGGGGGGGGGGUAUGUAAAUGAGCUUAUUUCGUUAUUGUGAAACUUUUUGAUGCUUCAAAGCAUUGAUUGAUUGAUUGAUUGUUAUUUCUAAAUUGUAUGCUUCAGAAUAUUUAUGGAAAAAUGUUGAAAAUUGUGUAAAAUUUGUGCUUACUUCUUGUUACCAUGGGAACCAUUUUGUGUGAACGUACAUAUUUGGUGCAGAAUCGAUUUUGUGUUUUUAGAUGAUUUGUUUACCUGUUGUAUGAAAUGGACUCAACCGCUGACACAAAAGACUAUUAGGGGGCAGUCCAUUCUCAUGUUACGGGGUAUUACACAUUUUUUGCAUGUAAUGUACACAUAGUGUAGCGGAUUGCUUAUUUGGUAAAACCAGUUUCCUCAUCAUGACACCCAGAACAUCCAUAAUGGACUUGAUAAGUGUGCUUUAGAAGGAGUCCAUUAUGGUAUCGGCGGGAGCCCGAGAUGAGAGUCAUCAGUUAAGAAUUUGGAAUUCUCUCAUUCUGGGUUUAAAUUGGCUGCGAUAUUUUGAGUGAAUGGUCAUGUAAACCUGCCAGUGACAAAUGAUUCUAAAGAACGGCAAUUAUAUCUUACGUUUGAAGGGGUACAAUCGAUUCCCAGUGAUUUUUGUGUAUUGGUGUCUCGGAAAACUGAGUUAUUUUUGGCACAAAUGUGGCUAUGAAUUCAAAUGUAUGUCUUUAAAAUGUACUUAAAAAUGUACAUUGAUGAUCUGUUGUAGGUUUUAGUCCUUUUAUUGUCUUCUAAAUUUUUUCAUCUGAUUUAAAUAGCGCAUGUCCAAAGAAAAAUAUUAAGUACAUGUAGGGCAAGUUGUAGUUUAUUGUAAUAGCGUUUUAAGUUCUUAAUUGCUGCCUGCAUGAUCAGCCAACACUGCUCUGAAAACAAUAAAAAGGUAUUUUAACUCCUAUCUGCCAAGUGGACUUUCUAUCAAAUCAGCAAUAUUGCUCUCGCAAUUCACCGAGGCCGAAGAUUUUGUCAGCUGUAGCUGAAGCUAGUGCAACCAGACCUCGUCGGCCAUCUUUGUGUCGAUUGUAAGACCUGACCAACUGAAAUUUACAAUUUUAGUCGUAUUGUGGGGUAUCGGCUGCAAAAACUUCGGCCCAAUUCUGAAUUUUUUUGGCAGAUAUGGAUCAAAGGGACAACUUGGGCAUAAGAUAUGUUAGUUUUCAUACAGAAAUGACUUCCAGCAGGAGUCCGAACAAUAUCGUUGAAAGGAGGGGGUGUGACCUUAGGCCUGCCUGAAAUCCACAAGCCAUUUCCAAUAUUGCCUCGCAACACUGACAGAAUUUAUUAUUAGAGAUCAGCACUUGUAUGAAACUACGAGUGGCGGUACAUAAUGGCAAGCAGGGGUAUUAUUCUCCUGGACACGUAAAUCCCACGCCCUUAUUGUCCCUUUAAAUCGAGCAAAGCACUUAGUUAUAGACAUGCAUGGUAUUCAUAGAUCAUUUAUUGUACGAGAUUCAUCGCUCGCUAAAUUUCGAAAUUGUCAGAUGUGAUUCUGAAUUCUAUGGCUUUAUUGAAUAAUGAUUAGAAGUUUGCAUACAAAUUAAUGCAUGAUACUUGUAAUGGAAAAAAUUAAAUAUUACUAUAGUUGAGAUUUUUAGGUAAUUUUGUCAUACGCAUUGAAUGUGCCACCAUUGUGUAUCCACGAUACAACCUUGUCCCAGAUAGCCUUAAUAUGCCCGUGUGUAUAUAGACAAUAUAUACAGUUAUAAUCCCAUAGGGAUGAGUUUGCUAUUUUUGCGUAGGUAAUGUAGUAUGUUGUUGAUUUGAUGAUUUGCUGCUUUUCGGUCCGGGCGGUAAAUUUUUUUGCAAAGUGGCCAGUUAAUGCUGAAAGUCAGUGUUACAAGACUACCAGUACUGGAAAAUCCAGUUGGUUGGGAAAAAAUUUGCUAGCAGGGGUCGUUCGGUGUCAAACAUCUGGUCACAAUGGUUUGCAUUUUAAAGUUAGUGCAGUAUGAUGCAUUUCUGGCAUUGAUUGAUAAUGAUUUUAUAUAAAACGUGAGCAUAGUUUUAAUUGUUAUAUAUAAAUAUAACAUAUGUAUGUAUGUAUGUAUGCCAUAUGAGAAUUCAUAGCAACCGGUGGUUAAAUAUGAUUUCUUGAUUGAACUAAGAAUAUGGAUGAUGGUUGUGCAGUAAAACCAAUAAAUUCUUGCUCGAUUUGACACUUGUUUAAAGUGACCUACCAGGUCCUUUCUAUGUUGUGUACAUUGACGCUUUUAUUUCAGUGCGACUGAUUUGGUUUUGCCGGGAUUUUUAAUAUUUGGUAAUUGACACCUCGUAGAGUAAUGCCUCUGAUUUCAGUUGACAGAGGGCAGUCAGAUCAACAAGCCGGUACCAAGAACUCUACUUGCAAAAAUCCUGGGCCUACCGGGUUCUUACAUGGACCCCUUCAAAUAUGCCUUCAGGUAAAACAGAAACCUAAAACAAAUAUUGCAGCAUUGGUAGUUUUCAUAGAAAUGGUCAAGUAAAACGAUUUUGUCAAUUCAAAGUUUUUCGCCCAGUCUUCGCAGAGCAUGCCAACAUCUUUGCCUAUUUCAGCCAGAAUUUCAUACUUAACUACUGAAUGCAGAAUGCUGUCAUUUAUUUGGCGCACUUGUAUCUUAUCUGUAGUCGCGGUCCUGGACCGAAUUACAUCACUCUAUGUAUAGACAUAUUUACAUUGUAUGCGCAUAUUAUACUGGUAGGAGAGCAUAUAUACUACUUAUUCACUUGUACUGUUAAUGUAUCCAAGAUACAGUGUGGUGAUUUUGUUUCUUAAAAUCAUAAUUUCAUAUUUUUGCUGCAAAUUUUGCUGCUCUAGCUGUCUCACUAUUGUUGUACGUAGCAUGCAUUAUUUUGUUGCAAGAAGACUUCCCUUGUUUCCUUUAAUGGACAUGUCCGGUCAUUGAGGUGGGUGAGUCCAGUUGAAAGAAAUAGGGGUUCAAGAUUCAUUUAUUCUGACUUGAACCACUCUCCUGUCUGCACUUUCCGUAGUAUAAUCCUAGUUUUUGUCUGUCUUUUGUUUUCUUUUGGUUGCCAUAGUAACCAUCAUAGUUUCCUUAGCAACACAGAGUAAUUUAUAGCUGUCACUUUCUUUCCCUUAUAAAAUUUGAGCUGUUCCAGAGUUUGGCAUUAAUAUCAUUGCAUUUAUCGUGUCAAUGACUCAAAGGUAGCAUCAAAAAGCCUUUGUUAUCAGAAAUAAUUGUCGUAAAUCAGCACUCACCAAUCAUAUCUUGAAUAACAGACCCCAAUAUUUAUGGCCAUAUUUAUACAGGAUUGGCAUUUUGUGCUCAGCACAGUCUGAUGUCGUUAUAUGUUAUUCGUCACUUCGGCUUGUAGUCACGACCUUGAGAUCCUUCACUACUACCUUGACCUCUGACCUCUAAAAAGGUCAACGCAAAUGAAAUUCAACCUUGAACUUAUUGACUUACUGCAGAUAAUUUGACCAUGAAAUCCGACCAAAAAGUAUUUUGAAAAAUAUAUUCCUUCCAGAAAGAUUCACUCUUACCUUUUAGUAUUUUAACCUGUGUCCUAAAACCUCUGUCUUGAUGAAUCAGUUAUAUUCAACAAUAUUAUCGAUAAUUCCAAAUAAAUUUUACAUUCCAGUGAUCGGUAAUUGUGCUGUCUGCAACACCAAAACUGCAUGUAACCUUCCCUUUCUUUAUCUCUCCAAUUUGUUGCCAAAAUCACGAUUACUUAAAAAAGCUUUCAAAAAGCGGUGCAGACGAAGUACAUAUUAAUUAUUUCCAAAAUGUUUGUCAUAAUCAACUCUAUUGGAACUGACUGAGGGUGAUAUCUAUACUUGACGAUUGAGACAUGCCCUUCAAAAUUUGUCCUUGACCUUGCCGACCUUGACCUUACUGAAAUGUGCAUUCUCAACCGAAAUUGAAUGAAAGUGUUCAUUCUGAAACUAAAUAGUAAGGAAUGGGUACAAUUUUAGCCCCAGUACAAGUAUAUCCUAUGUGCAGAGCUGCCAACGAGUACACUCUUGGAAUAUUAAGCUUUUUUCACCAACAUUAAUGAAACUAAUACCUUGAUUUCUAGAUUUUGCCAAGGGAAUUGCAUUAAAAGUACACUUCGGAUGUUGGUAGAAAUCACUAGAAUACACAAAAAAAUUGGCAGAAUUGGCUGAAAAUACUUUAAAAUCCUGUCAAAAUACCUUCUGGACAUUUUUGGCCGUGGCAGGUCCAUAUGAUGCAAUAAUGGUACCACUUCAGAGAUUGAAAUGAAAAUUUGCCCUCUGGAACAACACACUCCUCACUAUUUAAUUUUUACAUUUUUCCUACCUAUUUCUUUUUCUCAACAGAUUUUCUAUCCUUAUCUUCGCCUGUACUAUUGAGAUUAUAACUUGCCUGUGUAAAAUAUUUCAAAUUUUUUUUUUGUAAAAACAUUGGUUUUAGAGGUUGCAUUUGUGCUUUUUUUGGGUGCACUUAUUUCUAUGAUUCUGGUGAUUUUUGACUACAUGUAGGUGCAUGGUUUUAAGAUAUUGUUUAGAGCUUACGGUGAUGACAGUUUCAAAGAUGGAAAAAUUAUGAAUUUUUAAAACACGAACUGAUAUUUUUGAUAUUUUGUAAUUUGAUAUCAUGAUAAUGAUAAGCCAUUAAUGAAAUAUUUUGCAGAAUUCCUAAUUCUUGCAAGCUAUCUGGCGUGAUGUCGUCACCCAGAAAAAAAUUAUGUCAAGAAUGUAAGUUCAUCUUUAAAUGUUAAGAGAAAUUAUCUGAAUCAUGCCUUAGGGAAAUUCCGCAAAAAUAAACAGAUCCCGCAGAAAUUUCUCAUUCUACUGUCGUGUGUUCAGUGACGCUAUAAAAUGACCCCAUAAUUAGAAAAAAGUGAAUUUUGAACAAAUCUACUACCCAGCUUCAAUAUUUUCACAAGGUCUGUGUUGCAAUUUGUUCAUCAUAUGAAACUAGACCUCCAUGGUUAAGGUGGUUCCCCAUCAGGACUAGGUGCUUUGCUGCCAUACUGUAUAUAGAUUCUGAUUUUGCCAUUCAAUUUAUUUCAUUGAAAUGUAUAUUUUAUUUGAAUGCCAUAUAGCAGGCGAUUGCAUGUGUUGCAUAGCAUAGUCAGUAGUGUGGAAAUGUCACAACAAAUAUGUUGAUUGGGUUUAGGUUUCUUUGUGCAUUUCUCAGCGAUGCUGGGAGUAUUUUCAGGCAUUCUCAUUUAUGAAAUCAUUUAAAUCAAGUGCUGUGGCUCAGAACCUCUAUUGAAUGAUUAUUGGCCUGUGAUCCUUUUGGUGUCUGUACCACGUGGCAGUAUCUAAAACCACAUACCACAUACCCACAUGCCAAUUUUUUCCAGGUGGGGCAAUACAAUGACAGUUUAACUAUUGUUAAAGGAAAAUCUGUCCAUCUUUCGACCUUAGAGGGCGCCACUCUCAGUAACUUAUGUCGAUAUUUCCAAAAAAAUCUUCCAAGAAAAACAAGUUUUAAUGAGCCUUGCAGGGCAUCUGUGCCCUCUCUGUUGCCCGCCUUCUGGUUGGCUCAAGUGCUCGGCUAACAGGCCCUAGUUGAGAUUCUUUUCUUCAGGCAUUUCUACACUACUACCUAUGAUAUACAUAGCAUACAUUCUAGGUGCAUCAUAGAUUUACCAUAGGUGCAUCUCAUCACAUAAUUUACAUUAAUAGUGUUAUACAAUAACCGCCAUAUUUGAUUUUGCUUGAUUCGCUGCCAUCUUGUUUUGUUAGUGUAAGAAAAUGUAUCAUUUCCGUAGCUUACGAUUUAAAAUCACGCUUUAAUUAUUGUAGUGCUUGUAGAGCAUUUCGAUUGGGUGGCCUUAGGCUGCUGUUUCAUUUUAUAGCCAACCGUUUCAGCUGGUUUCAGAUUUUAUAGACACCCAGCACCUUUUGUAAUGGUGAGUGUAGUACAGUGUCAACUUUCAGAGUAUUCUCUAGGUCUGAUGUCGUUACCGUGGCAAUUGGUAAAUUGACUCUAAACUCAAUUCAAUAUUGUUAAUUGAAAAAUGUAUUGAAUGAACACUUUGAAAAGUUAUGUUCAAUUUUAAAUGAAAUGAGUUUUGCUGUUUGAUUUGGAUUCCUUUCUGGUCAGAUGUUUUUCAUCAUGGUCAAAUUUGAGGGGUCAAGGUCAAAGCUUUAACUUACAUUGUGACCUUUGCUGACUUGUGUGUGACCUUGGAAUAGACUGGGACUGACCUAGAUUUCUUAGGCAUUGAUUUUGAAAGGUUUCGCUUCUAAAUAUCCUUAAAAUACACAGUAUUGUCUGGUGUUGGUCCUAGCUGUUGAAGGUCAUUGUUGUUGUCUGUUAACUCUUCACCAUCCUUGUGUUUUUAUUUGUGAUGACCCUGUAAAAUGAAUGUGCUGCCAAAAGAAGAAACCAAGUCAAACAGUCAGUUUACCAGUUUACCAGUUUUGCACUUUGACUGUGUUGUGCCCACUUCAGAGGUAAAGAUCACAUGAUUUUGACCUUGAUAAAGGUCAUGUGUGUCACGGCCAUGAUCGUGACCUUAAUCAAGGUCAUUUGUUACAAUCAGAUAGGUCUUGAAUUCGUUUCCUGUUUUCACCUUAUGAAGGUUCGUAUUUUAAAACUUCAUCUUUUCGCAAAUUUUCUCAACGUGUAACUUGAAUUAUAACAUUUUAUAUGAGUGUAGUUUCCCAGUGUCGCCACGCAGUGGUCAUGUCAGGCAUUAUGAUUGUCCGCUUAAUUCUGCAUUGAUGAUUUCGUCAUGGAAAGGUUGCAUUUUGUAAAGCAUUUCAUGCAGUUUUGUUGUCCGUUUCUGUGUGUGUGAGGAAAAUAUCCCAAAUUCGGUGUAAACAAUAUAAUUUGGGCCAGUUGUUCCACGCCAAUCCCGGUAACAAUACCUUCGAGAUUCUAAGAAGCUCAGAUGUUCCGACAGAUUAACUGCUCCUUGAGAAUGCAGAUAUAUCUCUCUGCAUGAGACGAUGUCGAAAGUGCUCUCGACAGUGAAUGCCCUACUUCUUGAAUAUAUCUGUGUCCCUUUUGAAAACAACAGAGCCAGACGUAAGUUGUAAAAUGAGGAACCCGCACAACAAAACCUACCAAUAGGGGGCCCUGCAGGCAAGUGGACCAUGGUUGUGAUGAGAAAGCCAUUUCUUCGGUCAAGGAUUAUUGAAUAUUUCAACCCUUAAUUACUCUACAUGGGGAAAUAGCACCAAAAAUCUAUUUUGAUGAAUUUUAUGGAGAAAAUCAACAAAACUUGAUUUAAUGGAAAAUGCACUGGCAGUGUACCUUUUAGUACUUGUGCUGCCAUCUGGAUUUUUAGUUCUGCAGGUUCCUCAAUGUUGCUAUGCUGGGGAAAUAUUGCUUGUUUAAGGUCCCCAGGUAAUAUUAUAAUAUCAUUUGAAAGUAAAAGAGUUCACUUAAUAUAUAGUUGUAAAAUAUACUUAUGUCAAGGUCUGGAGGCGAUAUCUUCAAUUUUGACGAAAUCAAGCAAUUCUGGCGAAAACAAGAAAAAUACAUUGAUGACGGUUGUCGGAACAUCCCGGAAGCCAUAACUUAACUAACUGUGAUGUUAGCAAUACAACCCAAGAAGUGCAGUCUUGUGUUCACCUGGUAGCAAGACGAAUAUAUCGGCCAGUUACCUCCCAGAAUUCCAAACCUGUCUUGAUAUUAUGUAUACCCCCCUCCCCCUAUUUUCUAAAAUGAGCUAUUCCAUUGCCACAAACUUGGUAGUUGAUGGACCAGUCCAAAGGUAAUAUGAUAGGUGGUGCCACUAUUUUUUGCCACAUUUUGGCCUAACUUGCUAACCUUUCUGCCUUCUAUUGGUUCAUUGCAACAAAGUAGCCAGUUUAUUCUUAAGUUUGGUUUCGAAUUGCGAAAAGCGUGUAAAAAAUGAAAUUGGCUGAGACGAAAAGUGCUGAAUAGUUUGCUAGUUCGAGUUAGGUUCUUAAAAAUUUUAAGCGUUCAUUUCGCUCCCAAAAAAACCCAAAUGAUAUGAGUUGCCAUAGCAGUUGAUUCAGUUGUGCUAAUUAAUUGCAUAAUUAUGCUAAUUACCACAUGAACGAUUAAUAAGAGUUAUAAUCUGUGCCAUAAUCAGUAGAGAAUCUUAAAGAAGUUGAUUGAUUAAACGUUGAAAUUGUUGAAACUGUUAUCAGGUGUUACAAACUGUGGCACCCUCCCCCUGCAUGUUGGAAUUUUGCGACGGUGUAGAGAUAGAUCAACUCUAUGAUGUUUGCAGGUUUAAGUUAUCUAUGUCUUGGAUCAGCAGAGUUAAAGCUAGGCAUUGUGAGGAUAUGACAUGUACAUGUAGAAUACAUUCUGCUGCAUAAUGUGUCCAGAGGGAAGGUGUCACAUCAAAGGAACGGGCCCAGUUAACCCUUUGCGCCCUGAGGACUUGAGGCAGUAUUUGGUUUAAACCGUUGAACAUUGUUGAGCAGGCGCAGUGAUGAAGCCAAUGACCGCUGUAUGAGUAUAAAAAAGAGACAACUUUUUCCAACAAAAUUUGAAUGAUAAAAACCAUUGGCUUGUGAACAUGACACAGAGGCUUUUCAGUCUAAUUAGACUAAGAUUAUUAAGUAUUUGGUACAAAAAAAAUGUCUCCAAACUUCAGAGUGUCAAAAGUGAUGCCCGUCCUCGGUCAGUUUCACUGGGUUGCUUUGUUAUUUAGGUUCCUCGCAAGAGAUGGGAGAGAUGGAUGAUUAAAUGUCAACGAACAAGACCCUGAAAUAAAAUCAUGGCCAAAAGUGCCCUUUGAGUGGUUUUCAUCUGAUUGUUUUGUCAAUACAUUUGGAAAAUGCCUUACAUUUCUUAAAUUGAAAACGCUGCACACCUGGGCCUCUUCCAUCCCCUUGAUGGUGGACCUGAUGAUACAUGAUCAUUAUUCUUGAGGUAGCUCACAAAAACCUUGUAAAUGUAAAAAGUAUUUCUAGCAAACAACUUGAUGAGUGGUUUAUUUUCACGGCAUUGACUUUUAUUGAGUGUUCUAGAUGGGCGUAGAUAUUUAGGUCGUAUGUUUUAAUUUCAUUUGCUUUAAGCAAGGUCUUGCACGUCGGCAAUUUGUAUUUCGUUGAGGAGAAGUGGAGUAGCGCCAUCUUUUGUGAAGGAAAACUGAUUAUUUGGACUUCUUGACUGAUAUUUUUUUCUGAAUAAGACUAUUUGUAGAACUGGGAAUUUCUAAAAUCGGACAAAAAAUAAGUGUUUUAGAUGCAAUUUUCGAAAGUAAGGCCAAUGUAUUUUACAGAAAUUUUAGAUUUUUUGUUUUUCUAUUAUGAGCACCAUCCGGGAAGAACGAGAAUUUUUUUUAAUGCCCGAAAUACCUGUAGUGACCCAAAAUAAACGAUUGUACAUUAAAAUAUGUUAACUAGACUUUUCCAAAAAAUGGUAAAGUGAAUUUCUUUGGACAAUAUUCACUGCUUUUUGUGACAAUUUCUGGGUCUUAACCUUUGCGACAGAAUGCCUCAAAUCAGUAAUAGUUCGGCAUCAGAAUUUGAGGGAAAAAAAUCAAUUUCUGUACUCUUUAUCAUCUCCAAAAGGUGGCGACGCUCCUGCACCAAGCAUCAUAUUGCACUGUAAGUAGGGAGGGGAGGACAUCCCAGAUUAGCUUUAACCUUGUACCUACCCUGAAAUCAAAAGUGGACUGAACACUGCAUUGUUGGGAAAGUCCACUUCGGAUAAGUAGGGGUGAUGGACGACUCUUGUUGUAUGUUGUUUGGGAGAAAGUACCACACCGCAGUUAUUGUAAUGUUAUCUUUAAAGUUUACAGAGGCAGGGUAUGCUCAGUUUGAAUAAAGGAAGCCUCGGAAAUGCCCUAAAAUGCUGAUAAGAGCUAUCUGGUGCUCACUUUGAUACAACUAACACAUUUCCCAAAUCCGAAUACUUGACUACAGAUUGAUACCAGUCACCGACCCUCGAUAUCCAAAUGAGUUAAGCCUUUUAACUGCAGAGGUCUUGUCGAAGCACUGUUAUCGGAACAUACCCACGAUGUCCUGGGGGCGGAUGGCUUGCAGGGUUGGACCUGAUCAUGUUGGAUGAUUUGGCUUCUGCCUGAAAAAAUGAGUAAAAUCUUCGUAAAAUUGAUGAAACUACAGCAUAAACAUUUUGUGUUACAGUUGUACAGUUAUUCAAUUCUAAGCUGCCACACCCAUUGAAUUAAACUUUGCACUUAACACUAAUAGAUAGUUGGGGCGCUUCGAGAAGUCCCAUCGCCUUUUUAUGCACAAUGGCAUGAUUUUGCAAUAUGAAAUGUUACACUCAAGUCACAAAUAUAAGGUGUGAGCAUUAUGAAUAAAACGAUAUUGAUAAUACAUUGUAACAAUAAUAUUUAUUGCCAGUGCUGAAUUAUCAGUUAGCAAUUUAUUAUUGUGGAAAAUGAUAUCAAGGGAAACUUUGUUGAUUUGAAGGCCUCGGAAUUAAGUCCACAUUGGUUUGUGAAGACAGAACACAAAUCUGCAACUAAUAUUUUAACCUGUCCAUCCUUGCAUCACAUUGUGGUAUUUCCCAAGCAUUGUUCUAGGGCAUACCCAUUUAUUAUAAUGAGGGUGGAUGACUGCCAUGAUUAUAAUGAAAGGCGAGUUACAAUUUGCAGUUUAAAUGGACCCUGCCCUCCCCCCUCCGUCUCCAGAAUAACAUAUUCUGAUGAUGGUGUGUUUGAAAUGUCCAUUGUGAUACAUAGGGUGGACAGGUAGCGUGAUUCUGAGAUGAUCAUGUAAUAUUCUUGAGUAAGUUACUAUUCCAGGUGUUAAUUGGUGCUAACUAACCAAAAAUUAAUAUCUUGAAUGCAGAUUUCUUAACUUUGAUUGUGAUAUGCAUUUCAACUUGUGUAAUGAUUUUGACCUAUAAUAAAUAUGGCGCCCAACUGAACGUGAAGGAUAAGUUCCCAACCUACGGAGGAGUCCACCCGGAAUACUAAUUUGCAUAACAGAUUGGUUAAUUGGCACCAAUUAGAUUAAUGUACAGCGGCAAUUUGUUUCACUUCAGAUUUGUAUUUUAUCUGGGAAGUGGCACUUCAUCAUAAGCCGUUGACUGUUCCAUUUGUUUUGGUAUCAUUUGUUUUCACAAUUUUAACCAACUUUUAAAACUAAACCACAGGUGAGAUGAACUGUUUCCUGUGAAACAAGUGCUUCAUACAAACCAGAAGAAAUUCCUAUGGCCUCACGACAAGAAAAUUUGAAAUUGGACACUUACUGUCAAAAUCCCAACUGACAUCUUUCCUACAACGUACGCGCGAGUUGCGCAAUGACGCGCUUAUCUCUCUUUCGCGUAUACGUGCCACCUACGCGCUGGAUAGCGCAUCAGUGACACGAAUUUGGGGAUGACAGUUGUGAUUAGGACACUGUGGUAUUAAAGUGUUCUGCCUUUUUGCAGAGGAGUUAAUGACUUCAGUGUGUGGAGUUAUUUCAGAGUUAAAUCUAGCCUGAAUUUUGCUCCUUUUAACGAGUCCCUAGCUGUUCGAUUCAGGCUGGUGCAACUCCGAGAUCUUCAACUAUAGAUAUUGGUAUUCCCUGGACUGUUAAAUCAUGUCAAGAGUUCCCAGGGUGUUCCAUCAUUUGGCCUACCUCCUGAACAAGCUAACAUUAUGAGCGUUCAUUUCGGUGAAAGUUUGGGCUUGUAGGCUUUCCUCUGGUGUGCUUUAAGCUAGCCAUAUGUUGAGAUAUCUUUAACUGUACCUUGCCUUUACAUUACUCAUAUACCGGUAACAGUGUACAUUGAAGUAUGGGUGUUUGGGCAAGCUUUCCAGUGGAAAAUGUUAGCUUUUCUGGUGAACUUUUAUUCGCGGAGCUUUUAGCAGCAUGUUUGGUUAGGUAUGCAAUGAUUGUCUUAUCACAAUGUAUGCAAACUAUGUUAUUCUUUAGUCUGAAUGAAUUAAAAUACCAAUGCAAUAG